UUAAGUUUAGGCUUUUUAAAUAGUUAAUGUUUUAUUCCUUCACUAUGUCCUGAUGUUAUCGAUUUGUAUACGGUAUUCCAUACGUUAUAGUGCUUUAAUUAACAGUUUCAGUUCAGACUAAUGAUAGGAAAACCUUACCAGUUCUUUUUGAUGAUUUGAUAUACUAAUACUCUAGCUAGCUAGCUAUCAGGCAGAGCUACGAAGAGUAAGCUGUUUACAAUGGACCUUUCACAUCAUGGCUACCGAGCAAGUGCGAAGCCAAGGGCUCGUGCUGCGCCCCCUGCCGGGGACCCCCUCCUGUUCGAUGAUACCAGUUCGGCUGCAGCACCAAUGAACAGUCAGGGUUACUACACUCCCGGGUACGACAUGGGAGGUGCUCCUCCGGGAGGGCCGGGGAAUGCUGGGGUCAACAACCUGUUUGCCGACCCAAUGGCCAGUGCUGCUAUGAUGUAUGGAUCUUCCUUGGCCAACCAGGGAAAGGAUAUGGUCAACAAGGAGAUCAGCAGAUAUGUGUCUGUGAACAAACUGAAGUACUUCUUCGCUGUCGAUUCCAAAUAUGUAAUGAAGAAACUCUUACUCCUCAUGUUCCCAUACACGCAUCAGGACUGGGAAGUUCGUUACCACAGAGACACGCCUCUCACACCUAGGCAUGAUGUCAAUGCGCCUGACCUUUAUAUACCUUCGAUGGCUUUCAUCACCUACAUUUUGCUUACUGGGAUGGCCCUUGGCAUUCAAAAGAGGUUCAGUCCAGAGGUGCUUGGUCUCUGUGCCAGUACUGCUCUGGUGUGGGUUGUCAUAGAGGUCUUGGUUAUGUUGCUGAGUCUGUACCUCCUCACUGUUCACUCUGACCUAUCCACGUUUGAUCUCAUCGCCUAUAGCGGAUACAAAUAUGUUGGGAUGAUUUUUACAGUGCUGGGGGGCCUCCUGUUUGGCAGUGAUGGCUACUUUGUGGCUCUUGCCUGGUCUUCGUGUGCCCUAAUGUUUUUCAUUGUCCGCUCCCUCAAAAUGAAGAUUCUGUCGUCUCUCUCCAAUGACCCCAUGGGGGCCGGGGCAAGUGCCAAACCAAGACUCCGCCUCUACAUCACCGUGGCCACUGCAGCCUUUCAGCCAAUUAUCAUCUACUGGCUCACCUCACAUCUGGUGAGGUGACCUGAUAUAGGAGUCUUUGGUAUUGAACUUGAACCAGGAAACAUGCUGAUGCUUUCUACAAAUUGGAUAAUUGUAAGUGUCACUGUUAACUGCCUUUCAGCUCAUAUGCCAGAAGGGUAAAAAAUAGAUAAUGAGCUGUAGCUUGUGUUCAGCUUGUGGAUUAAAAUGUUAAGUGAACAUAGAUUUUUUGACUUCUCUUCAGUGUGAUAACUUUUGUAUUCAAGUUUGAUGGAUUGUCAAACUGGACGAAUUAUGUUUUUCCACCAUGGGUGGUUUGCAAAGAGAUUUUUGCCACCUUAUUUAGAGAGAAAGGGCUUUGCAUUUAUGAAAUUGAAAGUUAUCGUUGAGGUUUCAUUUUGCCCUUCAGUUUUUCUUUUAAAGUUUGGGAAAUGAUUGCGAUGUGCUACCAGUGUCCUUGUUUUGUCACUAUUCAUCCAUUCCAUGUUAAUCCCUCCUUUUUUAUUUAUCUAAACAUUAUGGAGCAUGAACAAGUGUUAUUUUUUUUUGUAGAAAAAUAAACAUUUUUUGCUUUCAAUUUGAA